GAAAACAGACCACUUUCCCCUUUGUAACCUAACUUACAGUAAAUAGAUGAAUCGUCCUUUUUUGUCAUUUUGUACUGUUUAGUUACAAAUUUAUUUUUGAAGUAUAGUUUACAUAGAACUUUAUUCAACAGUUUGCUUUUUGGUUUAACUUUUGCUAUAGGGUGCAUGCGCUCAGCGGAGAGAGACGGGGAGAGAGAGAGAGAAAUCCCCUCCCAGGGCAUGGCCAUGCCACAGUCCUUGGCGUCACUCUGCGCUCUGUCCCUAAACAGACUAACGGGAGCGAGUCGGACACUGGCAGAAAGCGAUGACUGCAGGCUUGAGUGUGGCGUCAUCAUCUGAGACCAGCACAGCACUGAGCCCGCUGCGUGACGAGCUAGCUGUCAGUGCAGCCGUCGUAAUGAACCCCAGGGAGGGAUCGGUCGCGGCUCCUGGGGGUAACGCCGCUCAGCCUGCUCCGCCUCCCAGGGGCCCAGCUCCUCGCCUUAAUUAUUUCAGUCAUCUUCAUGGUAGUCCCAGGAGCAAGCCGCUGACGCUUCCUCUGAACAAUAACGAAAGGGAAGCGACUGCAUUUUCUUCUGGGCUGCGUUCUUGUUGGGAGCUGGCCGGCCCCUCGAACGGCCUCUGCGUGUCCACCGAUGAACAGGCUUUGAGUCACCGUGAACGCCGGCCGGACGCACCCAUGCAGUGGAGGUUGCGGGAACCGGCUGAGCCACGCGCGCAGUGCGGGCAGCAGGCAGUGCAGGGAUGGAGACGGUUGAUGGGUGCUGGUGCCAGCGUGGGCAGUGCCAGCCGGGGGAGGCGCGCUGGGAGGAGCCCACCACUGCCUCUUCCUGCAUUUCUUCCACCUGCAGCGGGGGCCAGGGCGCUGUGGGGAGCGUCCGUCCAUCCAAGGGGCGCGGGCCUUCUGGUCCUGCUCCAUGGUCUCAGCUGGGGGCUCUCAGAGGGACACCUGAGCAGGGCAUGCUGGGGAUCUCAGUGACUCUGCUUGCUGGUCUCGUGCCUGUGACCCUUCAUUUCUCUAGCACUCCGACUGCUCCUCACCCCCAGAAGAGGGCAGUGCCUGUGCGUGGACAUGCCUUGUCUGGAAGCAGGACACACAACCCCAAACCGCUCGAUCUAGUCGGCCAUGGUCCCCGUCCCACCUACCGGCCGAUCAGACUUCCCGGAGUCUGGUUGUUUCACUUCUGUCUCUUGGUUAGACUGUGGGCUUUCUGGCUUGAUAUUCAGGUCAGGAGUUUUUUCUUUUUAACUCUUUGUAAUUUGCCUACACCCCAGAAAUCCCGCCGUGCCGGGGCAUCCGGGUGCACAGUCCACACUCGGGUGGGUCUGUUUGCGCCCAUGGCUGUACCGAGUGCUGCCAAGCCCUGGUUGUGCGGUUUUUCCUCCCCUUCUCGCUCACCAAAUGAAGGCUUAGCCGCCACUGCUUUGAGCCCUACUCUAUUUUUGCCUGAAGUCACCCUAAAAGGGAGGCCUUUGAAAUGCAAAGGAUUGGGCUGCAGUGGCUGGUGUACUCAGGGUGGGGCUAAUUACGAGGUUGGAAACCUCUUCAGGUGGCCAGGGCUGCGGCUGCGGGGACUAAAAUACAGCUUUCCUAAAUCUGGAACAGCUGGGCCGCGCUGCCAGCAGCAUAAAAGGCAGGAGGCUCGGGGCCCGGCUGUUCCUGCUCCUCCGAGCUCCUGGAGCGUUGGGCAAGGGCCGCUCCUCCUCGGUGCCCUGGUGGGGUAGGAACAUCCUCCGGGGGAAGGAGCCCUGGCUUCCUUUCCUAAAAGGGCCACCAAACGGCGGGUCGCUGGGGGGGGGGGCC